AUGAAGGAUCUUGAUGAAGGCUGCAUUGGCAUUGAUGACAAAAAGGCUUCCUUACUAAUGAUGAACUUCACUAUUGAGGAAGUCGAGUUUGCAAUAAACAAACUUGGUGAAGAUGCUCCUGUGAACGAACUUGUAGAUUUCAUCUUUGCUGCUCAGUUAGCUAAUGCAGACGAUAAAAGAAACAUUGUUAAAUUUCAGAAAAAGGAUAUGCUUAUUGUAAUUGCAGAAAAAUUAUGGAGUGGGCUUGAACAUUUUGUAUUUGAUUGGUUGAUCAAUGCUAACAGGGUUGUAAGUCAGGUUGAAUAUCAUUUGUUGGCUAAUUUGAGGGGGAUCCUUCUAGACCUAGUUGCACAGCUUGUGGGUGCUCUAUCACAGAUGAGGGUAGUUGGAAAGGGUUGCAAGUUAGUUGGAUAUGGUACCGCUGUACCUAUUCUUGAAGUUUCUAAUGAUGAUCUUUCUAACACUGUUGACACAAAUGAUGAAUGGAUAUCUGUUUGA